AUGGGCCAGACGCCUUCCUCCCCGGAGCCCGCGCCCUCCCGGCCGUCGCGGCCCAGUCAGCCGGCACCCACACAGUCCCGGCCCUCCCAGCCCUCAUCCGGGGAUGUUGUUGUGCGGCGGAACAUCAAUAGCAUGAGCGCCACGGAGCAGAACCGGUGGGCCGACGCUGUACAGAAGAUGAUGGAAAACACCAACGGGUCGCAGAGCUCGGAGUUCUUCCGCAUCGCGGGGUACCACGGCUGGCCCGACAACUUCUGCGCUCACGGCCAGGAGCACUUCCCCGCGUGGCACCGCGCCUACCUGGUUGAAUUCGAACGCGCAUUACAGGCCGCGGACCGAGCCCUAGGUCGGGAUGGCAACAUCGGUCUCCCUUAUUGGGACUGGACGAGAGACAGCAGCGCCCUCCCGCCCAUCCUCCGUCAACGAUUCAGCACGAUGCCGUCCGGGCUGGUCACGGACCGCAACGAGUUGUCGCGCGACGGGUAUUCCCGAGUUCCCUCCGACCGGCAGAUUGCGCGAGACAUCCGGAGUGCCAACCUGGCAGAGGGGGUGAACGGCGCCCUGCGCGAGGAGGAGCACUGGCGGUUCGCGUCCACUCGUUGGCGGCAGCCCACCAACGUCGAGAGCCCGCACAACCAGGUGCACGUCAUCCUGGGCUUCCCCAUGGCCUCCGUGGGCUUCGCGGCUUUUUACCCUGGCUUCUGGCUGCACCACUGCAACAUCGACCGCAUUUUGUCUAAGUACCUGGAGCUGGAGCCGGAUUCCGAGCAGGAGAUGCGACAGCAGCAGGCGUCGUUGCAACAGAACAACGGCGAGCGGAAUCGCUACACGGCGCCCCUGAGGCCAUUCCGCCUUAACGGCCGGUCUUUCCGCGUGUCGGACACCUUCAGUGAUCAGGCCCUGGGCUACCGCUACGACGUCCUGCCGGCCACGCCCCCCCAGCAGAUGCGCUCCUUGCCCACCUUCGCCAAGUUCACCAUCAACAUAUUGGAGAUGCAAGACCACAGCUACACCCUCCACGUGUUCGUCCUCCCCAAGGGAACGGCAGCAGCCUGGGCGCCCCCGGCGGACAGGUCCACGUGGGCGGAUGACCCGGCCUUCGCCGGUGUGGGCGCGAUCUUCUCCGCUCGACGGGCGCGCUGCGAGAACUGCGAGGACCGCCCUCCCUUUGAUGUCUACAUCGAGAUCACCCAGGUGCUGCAGCGCGCCGGACUGAGCCGCUACGACUGCGCCGUGAGGGUGAUGACCGUCGACGAGAACGACGCCGUGGCGCGGCUGGAGGACACCCCGGUGCCCGCGCCCACGAUCGAGGGGCCGUUCUUCGAGAACAAGGAGGCGCCGCUGAAGCGUGGGAGCACAGACGGUGACACGAAACAACUCCAAAAGUACCUGAUCAAGUUUGGGUGGCUGACUGCAGACGCGGACGGACAGUAUGGCCCGGUGACCGAGGAGGCUGUGAAGAAGUUCCAGCGGUUCGUCGGGCUGACCCCCGACGGCGUGGCGGGCACCGUCACAAAGGGAAAGCUGGGCCUGCCGCGGAUGGACACGGUGCCAGAUCAGCCAGAUGACCCUGACGUCGCAAACUACCAGAAGGGCCAGACAGUGAAGUACUGGGUCGGGCCCGAACCGGGGUACAUGAAUCGUGACGGGGUGGUGGAAGAGAUCAAGCAAGCGUUUGCAGCAUGGGCGGAGGCCACAGGCGUGAAGUUCCAGGAGGUGAGGAGGAAGUGUGCUGCCCAUGUUAGGGUUUCCUGGGGGGACAAAUCGCCUGACAACCUUUUCAGUUUCGACGGGAAGGGCGGCGCACUGGCGCACAGCACGAAGGACUAUCUGCAGUUCGAUGCAGCCGAGAGGUGGUUGCUCAGGGGGCAGAACUCCGCCCCCGGGCGGUUCUUUUUGUACCCUGUGGCCCUGCAUGAGAUUGGUCACGUACUGGGCUUCACGCACUCGAGCAACCCGGCAGACGUGAUGGCACCGUUUUACGUUGGGGACCGGGUGGACCUGCAGCCCGGGGAUCUGGCGCGGUGCACUGCGCUGUACGGUGCGCAGGAGGCUGUGGUGGAGGGCAAGUGGAAGUGGGUGGCUGGUGGCGUGGCGGUUGCUGGCGCAGGCGUGCUGGGCGUGGCAAAACUGUUGAAGAGCGCGUCUUGCAAUGCGUGA